UACUACCGGUCCACGAUGUCGCAGGGCUCGCAAACCAGGGAAUUCCUCAAUCCAGAGGUUUUCCAGCACCUCUGGGAUAUCCUUGAGCAGCCGAUUUGUUCAGUUCAGCCGAUCGACUUGAACUUUCUGGACGACCCGACGGAAAAUGGGCCUGCCAACAAGAUUGAGAUCAGCAUGGAUUGCAUCCGGAUGCAGGACGCCGACGUCGGGGACCCGAUGUGGCCGCAGUACACCAACCUGGGGAUCCUCAAUAGCAUGGACCAGCAGAUCCAAAAUGGCUCCUCCUCCACCAGCCCGUACAACACAGAGCACGCGCAGAACAGCGUCACGGCACCCUCGCCCUACGCCCAGCCCAGCUCCACCUUUGACGCCCUCUCGCCUUCCCCGGCCAUCCCUUCCAACACAGACUAUCCGGGACCUCACAGCUUCGACGUAUCAUUUCAACAGUCCAGCACGGCCAAGUCUGCAACGUGGACGUACUCAACAGAGCUCAAGAAGCUCUAUUGUCAAAUAGCCAAGACGUGUCCCAUCCAGAUCAAAGUGAUGACCCCCCCGCCGCAGGGCGCCGUCAUCCGGGCCAUGCCCGUGUACAAGAAAGCCGAGCACGUCACCGAAGUGGUCAAGCGGUGCCCCAACCACGAGCUCAGCCGCGAGUUCAACGAGGGUCAAAUAGCUCCUCCCAGCCACCUGAUCAGAGUCGAAGGCAACAGCCACGCCCAGUACGUGGAGGACCCCAUCACGGGGAGGCAGAGUGUCCUCGUGCCCUACGAACCACCGCAGGUGGGCACUGAAUUCACAACCGUCUUGUACAACUUCAUGUGUAACAGCAGCUGCGUGGGGGGCAUGAACAGGCGCCCCAUCCUUAUCAUCGUGACGCUGGAAACGAGAGACGGGCAGGUCCUGGGGCGUCGGUGCUUCGAGGCUCGGAUCUGCGCCUGCCCAGGCAGGGACCGCAAAGCAGACGAGGACAGCAUCCGGAAGCAGCAAGUCUCCGACAGUACAAAGAACGGUGAUGGAACAAAGCGCCCUUUCCGGCAGAGCACCCACGGCAUCCAGAUGACAUCUGUCAAGAAACGGCGCUCCCCAGAUGACGAGCUCUUAUACCUGCCGGUGCGCGGCAGGGAGACCUACGAGAUGCUGCUGAAGAUCAAGGAGUCCCUCGAGCUCAUGCAGUACCUCCCCCAGCACACGAUCGAGACCUACCGGCAGCAGCAGCAGCAGCAACAUCAGCACUUGCUGCAGAAGCAAAGUUCCAUUCAGGCUCAGUCCUCGUAUGGGUCCGUCUCCCCCCCACUCAGCAAGAUGAACAGUAUGAACAAACUACCCUCCGUCAGCCAGCUAAUCAACCCACAGCAGCGCAACGCCCUGACGCCCACCUCGAUCCCGGACAGCAUGGCCGCCAACAUGCCUAUGAUGGGGGCCCACAUGGCCAUGGCGGGGGACAUGAACGGGCUCAGCCCCACGCAGACGCUGCCCCCGCCCCUCUCCAUGCCGUCGACGUCCCACUGCACACCACCGCCUCCCUACCCCACAGACUGCAGUAUCGUCAGUUUCUUAGCCAGGCUGGGCUGCUCGUCCUGCGUGGAUUAUUUCACGGCGCAAGGGUUGACCACCAUCUAUCAGAUUGAACACUACUCCAUGGAUGAUCUGGUGAGCCUCAAGAUCCCGGAGCAGUUCCGCCACGCCAUCUGGAAGGGCCUCCUGGACCACCGGCAGCUCCACGACUUCUCCUCCCCGCCCCACCUCCUGCGCACGCCCAGCGGUGCCUCCACCGUCAGCGUGGGCUCUAACGAGACCCGCGGAGAGCGUGUCAUCGAUGCCGUGCGCUUCACCCUCCGCCAGACCAUCUCCUUCCCGCCCCGCGACGAGUGGAGCGACUUCAACUUCGACCUGGACACCCGGCGCAACAAGCAGCAGCAGAUCAAGGAGGAAGGAGAGUGAAGGGGGGGCUGCCCAGGACCCCCCACCCCGCCCCUCGUCCAUACCCAUGGACCUCUUGGCUGCGCUUGGUGUUAGUUGCCCUUCAGUGGGGGGGGGGGAGAAGAAGGGAAGUUUCUUCUCGCUGGCCAGAGCUUCGCUGUCCCCGCAGCCGUGGGCCCACCCGGGGUCUCCUUUGCCUCCGAAAUUGCGUUUCCCGCCAGCCGUCGCUUUUGUUAGUGGGGAGGGGGGGUAGCUUUUUAUGCCAGUCUUGGCAGGGGAGUUCUUAUUCUUCAGCACCUGAGAAAGGAGGGGCGAGGGGCAGCCUUCGAGACAGCUUUGGAAAUCAUGGCACUUAGUUCUCGUGCUCCCGCUGGUCCGACACGCACCUCCACACGUGCCCGCGUUCAGCACAAGGCGGCUUGCCUGCGGCGUACGCGACGCCCCUCUGCACGGCCCGUCCUCGCGGCUGGGCCAAACGUCUGUUGUAAAAAAACAAAACGUUUGCUUUGGAUCCCUUUCUGAAUGUACGUUUCCCGGGUUGCGGAUGUUAAAGCCAGGCCCCCGGGCCGUGGCUGUCGUUAUGUUUAGACUGUUGCAGAGUUGAGCGUGAAACAUUUUGCCACAUGGGCAGAGGAACGAUACUGCUCUAUGGUUAAUUCGGCAGCUGUGUGCCAUGCUCUUAGUGCCUUUCUGGUAAAAUGGUUUGGGGCACCACGUUGAAACAGCCCCCCUGUGGGCAAAGCAGGGGGGGGGGCACCUUCACCUGCCCUGUGACACCCCUGCACCAGAGAUGGCAACAGCCAGAACGGGCAUGCCUGACGUAAAGCCUCAGGGCACAUUCCAGGGUAUGUGGGCAUCUCCUGGCAUCCAGUCUGUUGUCUUCCUUGGUGUCCUCGUGCAGCGGAAUAGUCUAGCGACACCCCUCGAUGGCCUAGCAUCGGCAUCCAGGUAUCGAGGGGGCAGUUUUGAGUAACAUGAGCAUGCAUGCACCUGGUUGUAAUGCAGUGGCGCUUAAAGCCAAAGUGACCCCAACUACACACUGCCUCGUUUUUUGUUUGGCUGCCUAAGUUUUCCCAGGAUGCAGUCCCUGGACUUUUAGGCGAGUCUGCUGAUCUACUGAUGAGACCGCUUAAGGAAUUACCGUGGGGGAAAUGAAACCAAUUAAGCAUUGUUGGCGCAGCUUCUGCCCAUGGGGUGGGAGAGAUUCACCGGGGUGUUACAGGAUUGGGCAGUGUGCCUUUUUUGUAGGAGAGUGGUUGAUGUCUUUGUCCCUGCCAGGUCCGCGUGACGUAGCUGCCCCUUUGCCCGUCAGGUGCCACGGCACUGUGCCAGAUGCUCGACGCUGAGUGGACCACGCUUUACGUUUCUCCCCAGACGUGUCGGCCUGGAAUACAAAUCCCCGAGAUUUUAUAUCCAUUUUUUUUAAUGGGAUGUUGGUUUUCAUUUUGAGUUCUCUUUUUUCCUGAAUCAGUGAGGGUGCGGGGAAGCCCCCCCUGCCCGAAAGAUGGAGGGUUCAGUGUUUGCCCCACUUCAGCCCUGAUGGGGAACAAAAAAAAUAUAGUUCUUCUUAGGAAGCGCUGCCCCAGGAGGUAGUUUGUAAGGAAGCACAUUUGCUGCGUCUGCCCUCCAAAGGUGACCAAGAACUCCACUCGGUUUGACGUUACGUAGGAUACUUCCUGAGUGAAUCAGUCUCAACACGCAGGACUCUUUUUGUAGCAGGAACUCCUUUGCAUAUUAGGCCACA